CCACCAUUCUUAAACUAAACCCAAUCCUCUCUCUCUCUCAUCCACUCCAUAGUAAGAAACCUAUAGAUACAAAGUACAAAAACAGAGAGAGAAACACCAGAGGAGGAGGACGACGGCGGAGGAGGAAAUGGAUCCGUGCCCAUUUGUGCGCCUGAUAAUCGAGUCACUAGCCCUGAAACUACCACAAGCCACCAAACGGGCCGGUUCGGGAGUCUACCCGUCGACGACGCCGUGUUACUGCACCAUCAAGCUGAAGAGCUUCCCUUCCCAGACCGCCCUCCUUCCCAUCUGCGCCGCCGCCGUGACCGACACCUCCCCGCCGGACUCCUCCGCCGCCUCCGCCGAGUUCCACCUCGACCCCGCCGCCCUCCGCCGCCUCUCCGGCAAAUGCGUGACCCUCCGCGUGUCGGUGUACUCCGGCCGCAUGGGCCGCACGUGCGGGAUCACGUGCGGGAAGCUGUUGGGAAAAAUCCACAUCAGCGUGGGGCUGGGCGGGGCGGAGGCGAGGGCGGCGGUUUUUCAGAACGGGUGGGUGAAGCUGGGGAGGGAGCCGGAGAGCCCGGCGGCGAGGUUUCACUUGACGGUUCGGACCGAACCGGAUCCCCGGUUCGUGUUCCAGUUCGGGGGCGAGCCGGAGUGCAGCCCGGUGGUUUUUCAGAUUCAGGGGAAUAUAAGGCAACCGGUUUUCAGCUGCAAGUUUAGCGCCAACAGGAACGAGAGAUCGCGAUCUCUCCCAUCAGAUUAUACUACCAACAACACUAGAGGAUGGCUGAGAACCUUUUCAGGCGAGCGGGGAAAACCCGGAAAGGAACGAAAGGGAUGGAUGAUCACGAUCCACGACCUCUCCGGCUCCCCGGUUGCAGCUGCCUCGAUGAUCACUCCCUUUGUCCCGUCGCCAUCGCCAGGCUCUGACCGUGUUUCCCGGUCAAACCCCGGUGCGUGGGUCAUCCUCCGCCCCCAUGGUUUCUGUUUCAGCAGUUGGAAGGUGUGGGGCCGCCUCGAGGCCUGGAGGGAGAGAGGACCCGUCGACGGCCUAGGUUAUAAAUUCGAGCUUGUUACGGACGCCGGGACUGGCCUCACUAGUGGAAUCCCCAUCGCUGAAGGCACGAUGAGCGUUAAAAGCGGCGGUCAAUUUUGCAUUGACAGUAGAUUGAAAGACUCCGCGUUGGGUUCUCUGUCACUCGUUCGAGGGUUUGUCAUGAAUUCGACUGUGGAAGGGGAAGGAAAGGUGAGCAAACCAAUGGUUCAAGUCGGGGAGCAGCACGUGACUUGCAUGCCGGAUGCUGCCCUGUUCGUUGCUCUUUCGGCUGCCAUUGAUCUUAGCAUGGAUUCUUGUCAGCUUUUCUCGCGUAAGCUUAGAAAGGAAUUCUGGCAUGAUGAACAAGAAUUCCUCUAGCACUUGAUCCGUUAUUUUUUUGAAAAGAAUUUCCUUUGCCAAAUUUUCUCUUCAUGUGCAGUGAUAACCAAUUAUUGGUUUGAGCAUAGAACACAUUCCCAUCCUUUGCUUUUCCAACCCUGAUUUUUCUCGCGCUCGAAAAUAUACUUUGGUUCGAUUAUUUUUUUCCGAAUGAGAGUGUGAUCUUUGAGUUGGCCUGUGAAUUUUAAUCUCAACUGAUUAUCUUUGAUUCUUUUGUCCUUCUGUCCCAAUGUUUUUGUUGCUGGUUUUGGAUUUUUGGUCAGUUUGGUUGUGGGUGGAAUUUGCUUGUAGAGUUGUACUAGUAGAUAACUGUUCUAUUGGAUUGAAACUGUACAGAGUGAGAAAUGAGCAAUUGUUUGUCUA